AGCAAAUACGUAUAUUUACAUCCAGUUAAAAAUCACAACAAGUUAUAAAUAAAUUUUGUCGUGUAUUUUAAUAAAGAAAAUAUUUAAAAAAUGUUGAAUUUACAAUUAGAAAGUGGAAAUUGUUCCCUAACAAUAAUUAACUGUCAAGAAGACAUAUCAAUUAAUGAAAUAUGGAAUAAUAUUGAAAGUAAAGGUUUGGUGCGCAAAGAUUUUUACAUUUUAAAUAAUGGACGAGUUGUCUAUGAUGAGGAUGCAAUCAUCUCAGGCAAUGUCAAAAUAAUUCCACGCCUUGUUGGUGGUAAGGGUGGAUUUGGUUCAAUGCUAAGAGCGAUUGGUGCUCAAAUUGAAAAAACAACAAACCGGGAAGCAUGCAGAGAUUUAAGUGGCCGUAGAUUGCGAGAUAUAAAUGAAGAAAAACGUUUAAAAACAUGGAUUGAAAAACAAGCGUUGAGAGAAGAAGAAGCUGCUGAACGUAAAAAGAAAAAACUAGAACGACUUUGUGCGGAACCCAAACAUGAAUUUAAAGAUCAACAUUAUGAGCACGAGAGAUCAGUACUCACUGAGAAAAUAGAUGAUGCUAUUGAACAAGGUUUCAAAGUUGCUGUUACUGAUAGUUUAGUAUUACAAGAAAAAGAAGUUAAAGUUGCUAAAGGAGUUAAGAGGAAGACUAUUCUUGAUGAUGAUGAUAUUGAUUCUGAUGAAUUGGAUAGUUCAGAUGACGAGGCUCAGUCUAGUCCGAAGAAAAAGUUUGCUAGUGAGAGUAAUGACUCGUCAGCUGAUGAUAAGCACAUUAGUUCUUCAGAUAAUGAUGAGUUUGAAAAAUCUAAUCAGAAUUCAGACAAAUCUAAUGGAUCAGAAAUUAUUGAUAACAGUAAUGAUAAAAAAGCAGCAGAAGAGAACAGCGAUUCAUCAUCGGUCGAUAAAUCUUCGAACUCUUCAGAUACCGAUCAAGAAAAUAAAGUUGAAAUUAUAAAUUCUACCCUCGAGUCACCGAAAGAAUUGAAAGAGAAAGAAAUAUCUGCAAAUUAAAUUUAAUUUAUCGUAUUAUUAUUAUAUACUUUUUUAUUUAUUGAUAAAUUUUUAUGAGUAAAAAUUUAUAAUAAUUUUGAAUUAGAAAAUAUUUAUAGAUAAAUUUGAAAGUAACGAAAUUUGAAAAAUAAAAUAUUUAAGAACACAA